UAUAGAUUGUAAGAAAUUUGAAUAUCGUAGUCAGACUGUCAGAGCACUCUUGCCAUUACCAGAUUUGCCAUUACUCUUUCAAAUUCUUCAAAUCGUGCCGCGGAAGAAACACAAACCCAAACUACACCUGCUUCGUCUCUACACUACACUCAUAUAUAGUUCAAGAGUAGAGAAAUUGAUAGUGUGUCUGCGUUGGAGCGAGAAUUUGAUUGCAUCCAUGGAAAAUUCAAACGAAGAAUUCGAACCCCUUUUUGAUUAUACUCGCGUUCAGCCUGCUGGAGUCAUCUGCCUAGACGAUGACCUGGAUGAAACGCCGGUUUUCGACCCAAAGAAACGGAAAAUCUCGGCUGCUGCGGAUGAGAAGAAACAACAUGAUCUAAAUUCGAAAGAUGUGACGGUGGUAGCAUGUGAUGAUAAGGAAGAAGAAGAAGAGGAUUGGUUGCCUCCGCCGCCAAAGAAUCUAGAUCAGAAUUCGAAAAGUAUUGGCGAGGACUCUACGUUGAAGGCCAUAAGGUUAAAGAAGAAGGAAUUGGCAUCUUUUGCACUGUCGGCCGAUGAAGUGGUUCGGGCCGUUGAAGAGUCUGUAAGGAAAGGCCUCAAUGCUUCCUCUCAAUCUUCCCCAUCUUCCCCAAAAACUGAUACCAAGCAGCCGGUGGAGCCUCACCACGAGAGGGCAAAACUUGUAAUAUCCAUCCAGGACAAAGACGAGCUCAAGCAAUUUCGAGUAUACAAGGACGAUAAAUUUGAACGACUCUUCAAGAUGUAUGCUGAAAAAAUUAAGGUGGAUGUGAAAAAUCUGGUCUUUUCCUUUGAUGGGGAUAGAGUAAAUCCUGCUCAAACACCCAAUAGCCUCGGAAUGGAGGAUGACGACAUCUUAGAAGUGCACGUAAAGCCAAGCUGAUCCUGCGUAAGGGUGUCGAGCUGACUUCUUUAGAGAGACAUAGUUUUUUUGCUUUCUGGAUCUUUUUUGCUCCAACUGAUCCCUUUUGCUCUGGAUCUGUAAAUUGAUUCUUUUUCUUUCCUGAAUUGAUGGCUGAUUUGGUGUAAAAACUGUUUGUUGAAGUUCUUUGGUAAUUGUAUCAUAACAUCUUUAGUACUACUA